GCAGAUGAACAAGAUGAUCAGUCAGAACAUCCUUUGCAAGCGCGACUUCAGCAGGACGUUUCACAGUGGUGCAGAUGUGAAAACUGUAAUAGAAUGCCCAGGGAAGUUGAAAAUGUCUGCUGCAUGGAAAUACCGAAGUCACAUGCAGAUCCAAGAGUUAAAGUAGACAUAAGAGGACCAAGCAAACACACGAGAAGCCUGGCACCUACAUCCAUCUUGCCCAAACCAAGGGUACUCUCCAAACAGAGCAUCAUCUCAGAGGCAAAGAUGAGUGACAUUAAGUCCAUGUUUAAAUUCAUGCCACUAGCAGAUAGAGAGUAUUAUAAUCUGUGUUUUAAAAAUGAGUCUGACAUUUUUUGUGAUUAUUUAUAUAUAUAUAUAUAUAGUCAGUGAAUCAUUUAUCAAUGAUUAUUAAACUUUAUGAAUGAAUUUGCUGAAGCAUGUCUGUUUUCUUGCAGUUUUUAAAGUCUUAAAAUGUCUUAAUUUUUACAAUAUUAAGCCUUAAAUGUCAAAUAGUCAACAAUUUAAUUGAUGGGGUCUUAAUUACAACAAUAAACGUUAGCAUGUUAUUUCGGCCAUACUGAUGUCUAGAGAGAAAGCCAUUUUACCUGGCCCACUUUAGGUAGAAUAAAGUCCUGCUCAGAUGUAUUGCAAUAGCUGCUUUCUGUCUAAACAAAAGGAAGAUUAAAGUAAGAAUUUCUGCAAUAAUGUGUUUAAUUACCCACCAGAUUGGUACCAACAAUUAGCAUCUGCACUGGACAAAAUAUUUUGAUCUGCCUUGCUUAAUUUGAAAUAAAUAUAAAAUAAAUGAAAUAAAUAUAAAAUAAAUAAAUAAAUACAAAAUAUGAAAUGUCAUAGAAAGGAUUAAAUUUUACUAUCUAACACAUGUUGAGACAUUGUUACAACAUUAAUUUUAUGUUUCAAAACAAAUUAUGAGUAAACUAAAUUAUUGCUGCAAAUAAUGUUUUGGCAGAUAGAACCUUAUAAUUCUAAGCGAAAAGUGUUUUUUAGAAUUAGAAGGUUCUAUCUGCAUUUGACCCGUUCCAAAAAUCCUCAUUUACAAAUUUGAGAGGAUUUUGAUAUUGUAUAUUUAGAAUACAUUUAGGGUCCUUGUUAUUUUCAUGUUUGAAAGAAACUUGUUCCCCAUAUAAGUUUUCCUAUAUGUAUUGCAAAAAUUUUGAAGCUCAAUAUCUCAAAACUGCUCAGAACGCAGAUAAAACCUUAAAAUUCCAAGGGGACGAAUUAUUAAAUGUAAUUCAUGUUACAGGUUGAUGGUGGGCAUUCUACCAGUGUGGCCUUUGAACACAGCAACAAGGAACUGGUGGAAAGUUCCAACACAAGGAUACAAGACACCAAUGAGGUUUCCCCUUCAAUUCUGAAGGUUGAUGGUGGGCAUUCUACCAAUGUGGCCUUUGAACACAGCAACAAGGAACUGGUGGAAAGUUCCAACACAAGGGUACAAGACACCAAUGAGGUUUCCUCUUCAAUUCUGAAGGUUACAAAGAAACCGACGAAUUCCUUAGUUGAUUACACAGACUCUGAUGUCAGCUCUGGACCAGAUUUUUCUUCUCCACAACCUGAUACGGUUUCAGAUUUACCAUCUAGCAGCAUACAGCAUCUCAGUAGUAAAAGUACUGUGGAAGGAGAACAUGUGCCACAGCUUAGAAGGACUAAAAGCAUUCUGAUGGAGGAGACUCUUAAUUGGUCUGAAGAGCAUUUUGACAGUCCAGAUGAAGAAAAUAUUCAAACGAUUGUGCCCCAAUUUAAGCGGACAAGAAAAAGUUUUGACUCAAGUACAGAUGAGGAGGAAGAUAACGUUGUACAUAAAAUUGAGCCAAGACUUAGGAGGUCAAGAAGAAUUUUGGUUAAUCAGAAGAUUUCUGUUGGAUCUGAAAAAAUAAGUGAAUCAAGCCAGGACAGUGGAGAAGAAUAUGUUCCAUCCACAAGUGGGGAUAGUAACGUGAGCCCAGAACUAUCAUUAAAAAGUCGAGCUGAUGCAACAGUACGUUGUUCACUUCCAUGCAAGCGCAAAUUCAAGACAUCUCUUGCUAAAUUCCAGGACAAUGACAGAAUUGCUGCUAUAACACAAAGCCAACAUAAUGCUCCUGACAGCACCACAUCAGGUAAAGCAACAGUUGGAGAUGUAUCAGUACUUGUUCCUGCUGUUGUCAGAAAGAGUAAUGGAUCUCGAAUGUACAACAAGCGACAGCACUGCCUAUAUUGUAGAUCAGCGGUCCAAAAAAUGUCUAGACACUUGGAGCGUGCUCACUCAAAAGAGAUUGAGGUUUCAAGAGCAUUGAGUUUUCCAAAGGGAUCCCAUCAAAGGAAAUUGCAGCUUGAAUAUCUGAGAAACAAAGGAAACUUUGCACAUAAUGCUGAAGUUAUAAAAACAGGGUCUGGAAUUCUUGUUCCCUUCAAACAACCAAAAGAAAAGUGUGAGGGUCAAGACUUCAUUCACUGUGUGCACUGUCAAGGGUUGUUUAAGAAAAAAGUGCUUCGGAGACACAAGCAGAGCUGUAAAUUCAAACCUAGCAGUGUUAAAUCUAAACCUGGAAAAACUAGUGUCCAGUCCCUCUGUGCGUUUGCUGAACCGGCACCCUCUGCGGUUAGUGAAAGUGUUUGGAAGUUGGUGAGCAACAUGACACAAGAUGAUAUCUCUCUUGAAGUAAAAAAUGAUCUCUGCAUCAUGGAGUUUGGAAAACAUCUAUAUAACAGGCUUGGAGCCGAUGACAGCAAGCAUGACUACAUUCGUCAAAAGUUGAGGGAGCUUGGUCGGCUGCGUUUACAUGGUAGAGAGGUCACACCACUGCAGACUAUCAAAGAUUAUGUCACACCAGAAAACUUCAUGCUAGCAGUUACUGCUGUAAGACACACAGCGGGUCUCAACGAGGAAACUAGCAAAUACAAAAGUGCAACACUUGCUCUAAAGCUUGGACGUGAACUGAAAAAUGUGUCCAUGCUCCUUGAAACCGAUGCAAUGAUGAAAAGUGAUAAUGAUGGUGCAACAGCGGCUCGCUGCUUUCGUCAAGUGUAUGAUGCCAGGUGGAAGGAGCUUAUAUCAGCCAAAGCCUUACAGAGCCUCACAGAGUCCAAGUGGAAUUCCCCACAGCUGUUACCUUUUACAGAAGAUGUAAAAACUCUGCAUUGCUACCUGGAUGACAAGCGGCACCAGUUCUACAGUGACUUGACAUCAGAGUGCUCAUCUUGCAACUGGGCUAACUUGACAAAAGUGACUCUGUCACAAGUAAUUUUAUUCAACAGGGAUAAAGAAGGGGGAGUCUCCAAAAUGCUUGUUUCAACUUUCAUCCUAAGAGACAAAUCAGAUCCUCAUGAAGAUGUCAAUGUUGCUCUCUCUGAGCUAGAGAAAAGUCUCUGCAAGCAUUUUGUGAGUCUUGAAAUAAGAGGUAAAAGAGGGCAGAAGGUGCCUGUGCUCUUAACCCCUGCGAUGGUGGAUUCCCUUGAUUUGCUUGUGGAGAAGAGAAAAGAAUGUGGAGUGGCCGAUAACAACCCAUACAUGUUUGCACGGCCAUAUGCAGUGUCCCACUACAGAGGUUCAGAUUGCAUCCGUUACUUUGUGAAAGCUUGUGGAGCCAAGAACCCUCUCUCACUCACCUCUACAAAGCUCAGUAAGCAUGUUGCUACACUCUCAAAAGUACUCAAUCUCAAUGACACAGAGCUUGACCAACUGGCAGAUUUCCUUGGCCAAGACAUCAGAGUCCAUUGCCAGUUCUAUCGCUUACCUGAGGGCACUCUCCAGCUUGCGAAGAUCAGCAAGAUUCUCAUGGCCCUUGAGCAGGGGCGUUUAUCAGAGUUUAAAGGAAAGACCCUAGAUGAUAUCAACAUCGCUCCAAAUGAGACAAUCCUGUGUGACAAAGAAAUCCAAGAGGCCAGGCUGAAGGAGAACAUGCCAGGUCGCAAACCAGUCAAGAAAAAGAAUUGGCAGAAGGUGGAGGUUGAUGCAGUUGAAAAACACAUGAUGCACUUCAUUGAAUCCUGUCGUGUUCCAGGAAAGGCUGCCUGCGAUUUGUGCCUCAAAUCUGAACCGGAAGCCCUAAAACGGAGGGACUGGCUGGCUAUUAAAUUUUACAUCAAAAACCGGAUAUCUGCUCUGCAAAGAAAAAAUUGAGCUAUGCUCCUGAGCUGGAAGUAUAAAGUACACCCAAAGUAUAAAGUUGUUAAUGGCUAAAUGUAAAAUGGUCAGAUUUUAGGGAAUUUUAAAUGUUUUCCCAUAGUGAGUGCUUUCAACAUCUGGACAAAAUGUUGGAUUUGAAAUCAGCCUUUUUAGUUCUAAAGGUAAAGGAUUCAGAGAGACAGGGUCAGUUUUAUAGUUGGAGAGGGAGUGAGGUUGAACAUUAGCAGCUACAGUAUCUUGGACACAAGGGAUACGGAGAACAAGAGACUAGUGACAGUGAGAAAAGAAAGGCAAACAUUAUUAUGUUUUUUGCAUUUUACUAAAUAUAUUAUCUUAAUGGAACACUUGUGCUCUUAUUAAUAUUUGGGAGAGGAUAAAGUUUGAUGUAGUUCCAAAAUGCAUGAUGCACUUCAUUGAUUCCAGUUUUGUAUGAUCAAAGGCUAUAUCAGGUCAUUGAGUCUUGUUUUAGGAUAUCAGGCCAUUGAGUCAUAGUUUAGGAUUUCAGGUCAUUGAGGAUUGAAAUCUAUAGUAGUUUUAAAUCUGAAGAAUUAGUUGAGUGAAGAAUCAACACCAACUGACAACUGUUUGUGAUUCCUUAGGCUGCAAAGCUGGCCAUGGCGCUGAAUCCACCUGUUGUGGCUUUAAAUCACUGCAUGGGAGCUGUCGGUUUUGCUCCCUGUAAACUUGCGACAUCUGUGGCAUUGUGCUGUGUGAUAAAACUGCACAUUUUAGAGUGGCCUUUUAUUGUGGCCAGCCUAAGGCACUGUGCAAUAUACUGUGCAAUAAUCUAAAAUGUAGGGCUGCCAGGUAGAGUCUAUAAAGAAGAAAUAAUGGUUAACAUUACAUUACAACACUUGCGUGUUUUAAAUUGUGUACACACUCCUUUCCCAAUUAUAUUGAGUUACCUGCAUAACAUUCCCAGGAAAGAAAAGACAACAUUCUUUGGCGCAAAGCGCAGAAUUACGCUGUGGAACGCCUCCAGUGAUGAGGUCUGAUGGUGAGGGCUCAGUUUUUCAACAUCCUUCAGAAUCCUCUUGUUUCUGAGGAUCUUCUCUAAUCUAGAGAAGGCAGUUGUUCCUGGUGGGAAAGUGGAACUUAUUAAACUUUAUAUUUAAAAACAAACAAAAACAAA